GUUACACACUACAAGCAAUAUCCACCUAAUACAAGCAAAGUAUAUUCCUACUUUGAAUGUCGUGAAAAGAAGACUGAAAAUUCCAAAUUGAGGAAAGUAAAAUAUGAAGAAACUGUUUUUUAUGGUUUGCAGUACAUUCUGAAUAAAUACUUAAAAGGCAAAGUGGUGACCAAAGAAAAAAUCAAGGAAGCCAAAGAAGUAUAUAGGGAGCAUUUUCAGGAUGAUGUCUUCAAUGAAAAGGGAUGGAACUAUAUUCUGGAGAAAUACGAUGGCCAUCUUCCUAUAGAAAUAAAGGCUGUUCCUGAGGGCUCUGUCAUUCCCAGAGGAAAUGUUCUUUUCACAGUAGAAAACACAGAUCCAGAGUGCUACUGGCUCACAAAUUGGAUUGAGACUAUUCUUGUUCAGUCGUGGUAUCCAAUCACAGUGGCUACAAACUCUAGAGAGCAGAAAAAGAUUUUGGCCAAAUAUUUGCUAGAGACUUCUGGCAGCUUAGAAGGACUGGAAUAUAAACUGCAUGACUUCGGCUACAGAGGAGUUUCUUCACAAGAGACUGCAGGAAUAGGAGCUUCAGCUCAUUUGGUGAACUUCAAAGGAACAGACACUGUAGCAGGAAUUGCAUUAAUUAAAAAGUACUAUGGUACAAAAGAUCCGGUUCCAGGAUAUUCUGUUCCAGCUGCUGAACAUAGUACCAUAACAGCCUGGGGGAAAGAUCAUGAAAAAGAUGCUUUUGAACACAUAGUGACACAGUUUUCUUCAGUGCCUGUAUCUGUUGUUAGUGACAGCUACGACAUUUACAAUGCUUGUGAAAAAAUAUGGGGUGAUGACUUAAGGCAUAUAAUUGAAGCCCGAAGUCCAGAGGCACCACUUAUUAUUAGACCGGAUUCUGGGAAUCCCCUUGACACUGUUUUGAAGGUCUUGGAGAUCUUAGGGAAGAAGUUUCCCAUUACAGAGAACUCAAAAGGCUACAAGUUGCUGCCACCUUAUCUCAGAGUUAUUCAAGGGGAUGGUGUGGAUAUCAACACAUUGCAAGAGAUCGUGGAGGGAAUGAAGAAGAAUAAAUGGAGUAUUGAGAAUAUUGCCUUUGGAUCUGGUGGAGCUUUGUUGCAGAAACUAACCAGAGAUCUCUUAAACUGCUCCUUCAAAUGUAGUUACGUGGUGACCAACGGUCUCGGGGUAAAUGUCUUCAAGGAUCCAGUUGCCGAUCCAAACAAAAGGUCAAAGAAAGGCAGGCUGUCAUUGCAUAGAACACCAGCUGGAGACUAUGUGACACUGGAAGAAGGCAAGGGAGAUCUUGAGGAAUAUGGACAGGAUCUCCUUCAUACGGUAUUUAAGAAUGGAAAGGUAACGAAGUCAUAUUCGUUUGAUGAAGUAAGACAAAAUGCCAGGCUGAAGAACAGUGAACUAGAAAUGGCGUCUCACUAAGUUUCAUUCCAUGUCUGUGUAUGUGUGUGUGUAACAAGUACGUACUGCAUAGCUACUGGAUUUAUUGUACAGAUUUGUGUGUUUGUGUUUUAUGACAUUGUAGCCAAAUUAUUUGUUGGUUUAUGGACAUACUGCCCUAUCUUUUGCCAGUCUUUAGAAAAGAUGAAAUCAGGAAAUGGUACUUACAUUGUAAAACAUAUUUAAUGUUGAAGUGUGCUUUUUAGGGCCCUUUGCCAGUAGUGAUUCAAUCUGGUAUUGAUCUUUUCACAAAUAAGACAGAGCUGAGAAACUUUUUUAUAUAUAACAGAAUAUCACAAAAUGGAUUUACAUAAAAUUAUCAUGAUUGCUUUAUGUUUAUAUUUAACUUGUAUUUUUGUACAAACAAGAUUGUGUAAAAUAUAUUUAAAGUUUCAAUAAUUAAGUCUUUCCAACUUUUCAUGAUUUUUAUGAGCACAGACUUUCAAGAAAAUAUUUGGUGGGGGGGGAAAUCCAUUGCCUUUUGUCCAUUAAUCAGCAAAUAAAACAUGGCCUUAAAGUUUGUUGUGACAUUGUACCAUUUGACAGCUAAACCAGGACUCGUAUCUCCUCAAGAUCCCAUAGAAUUGCUGACCUCACCGUUUCUUGUAGUUGUCUGUAUUAGUAAAUCUACAUUAAAGAAAAUUACUGUUCUUACUAGAAGGUUUAGGUACUACAGACCUUGCUGGCACAGUAAGGUAUGUAAAUGAAAUGCCAAAUUUGAAAGGAUUCUCUACUGCAACUUAACUUGCCAAGUCUAUCCCACUUGGCAUAUGCACCUCAAUAUUUUAAGAGUAAAGUUUUUAAGAGAUCUCCUCUUCCACUAUAGAAUAUAUGUGUAAAAUACUGAAAUAUGGAAGCGGUGUAUUUUAAAGUAAUUACACUUCUGGGUUUAUUUUUCAUAUACUGUAAGUGACAUGACUUUAAGCAAAAUACUGGUCUGGGUAGUGCACUUUUUUACUUUUUUGUAUUUUUUUCAUUGAUUUGCCUUUUGUCAGACUGGAUGUUAAAUUGUAAAAAUGUUCAACUAUUUUUGUUAACAACUUUAAUAAAACUUUAUGCUAGCCAAACUCCUACAUGAAUGGCAGACCUGUUUCCCCAUCUCGCCCCGUCUCAUUGGGGUGAGGAGAGACUUUUAUUUUGCAGAGGGUAGCUGUAAGACACUGAGAGAUACUUUUGAACUGUCUGCACUUGAUUGUACUUGCUCUCUGCAUAUGCUUGAUUUGAAUAUCUGCUGGAAAACAAAACUGGUGAGGAUUUUAUUUGAGAAGCUAUGUAGUAACCUCUGAAAUAUUUGAUAGUAUUGUAGGAUGGCUCUCACUAGAAAAGUACCUUCCUUACUUAAAAAGCAACAGCAAAAGCAAAUGGUUCCUGUGUUAUGCUGGUGAUCAUCUAUCAGCCAAUGGCUUAAUAUACUGGUGUAGUUAAUGUAGUUAAUGCUUCUAAUUAGUAAAUGACGUUACAGAAAAAUUUUAGGGGUCCCUUAAAAUAAUUUAAGCCUACAAAAUUUUAUAAAACAUGCUUUUAAAGGAAGACUGAAAAGCCAUACUUCAUUGUUCUUAUUCUCUCGCCAAAAAGGGCCACAUCAAAGCACCCAUAAUAUUUCCAGGGUUUGUGGUUAAGACAUUUAUGCCCAGUCUCAAUAGUUCUUGUUAAUAAAAAUUUGUUUUCCACUUGUAGUGUGUGGAAUUAUACAUUUAAGUGAUGUUUCAAAAAAUAGUGCUUUUAGUAAGACUCUAAAUGCUGACCUUUCACACUGAGGAACUGCCUUCCCUUUGCUAUUAAUGAUAUUGUUUGUAUUUGACCAGGAAAGAUUUUAAAUCUGGACCUAGGAUCAGUAGCAGGUAAAUAGUACAGAGCCUAUUUCACUCCUCCACAUGUGUACUAGGGAAUUUUAUGAUGUAUGGUUUAAAAAACAAUAAAGUAAAUGCUGCUUUCAUUCUGUACCAAUAAAAAUUUUGAUAACUA